AAGUAAGCUUCACUGAAACGAAACCCACCCACGAAAAGAAAAACGAAAUAUAAAAAACCCCGCGUUUUUGACACCGCCAAAACCCUAGUCCACUCGUACUCAUCCUCAAAAUCCCCAAAUUUAGAAAUGAGGUCGUAACAAUUAUCUAGCACUCUAAUUAAGAGGCGUGUUGAGAAUGGGUAAACGAAGCAAACCAAUUGUUGUUGUUUCUUCCUCAGAUGACGAUGACGAUGAUUUUCAACCUCAACGACGCAAUCAUACUUUCAAAUCAUCCGCACAAUCUUCAUUUUCGGUGCCGCCUCCCAGGAGAUCGAAAAAACAGCAGCGUCUUUCGAACUCGUGUUCCAAAUCGCGGACCGAUUCUAAUCCUUUUGAUCAGGUUAAAUUGUUUUGUGAGGGAUUCGAUGAUGGAUUCACUGGGUUUCACAUAUUAGCUGACAAAAGGAAUCAAAAGAAAGAAUUAUGGGUUGAUAAAUACAGGCCUCAAUCUUUGGAGGAGCUUGCUGUUCAUAAGAAGAAGGUUGAAGAAGUGAGGAAGUGGUUCGAGGAAAGGUUGAAUAGAGCGAAGCAAGAAAACUAUAAUCAUGCACUCCUCAUAACCGGGCAAACUGGAAUUGGAAAAUCUGAAACUGUCCGCGUGAUUGCAUCUCACCUGGGAGCCAUAUUAUGUGAGUGGAAAACACCCACACCGACAAUUUGGCAAGAGCAUGUGCAUAACUCCGGUUCAGGGAUCCGCUACACAUCAAAACUGGAUGAAUUUGAAAACUUUGUCGAAAGAGUUAGAAAAUAUGGAUUAAUUCCUUCUUCUGAUAGAAAGGGAUCUCAAAAGACACAUAUUCUUCUAAUUGAUGACCUGCCAGUGAUAAGCGGAAAAGUUUCUUAUGAAAGACUUCGUAGCUGUUUGCAUCUUCUUGUGCAAUCAAUUCAUAUUCCAACAGCCAUAAUAGUGACUGACUGUGGUCAAUCGGACUCAGCAGAUUACUCCAUGCGCUGCUGGGAAGAGCUUCAGUUGUCUAUUCAGAGUGCGGGGGGAUGCAAGGUGGCUUUUAAUCCAGUUACUGUUAACUCGAUCAAGAAAACGCUUUCCAGAAUUUGUAGAGAGGAACAUAAAACAGUGACAGCAGAACAAAAUGAUUUAAUAGCAAAAGCCAGUGGAGGUGACAUUAGGCACGCAAUUUUAUCUUUACAGUACUUUUGUCUGAAACCAAAUCCGAUGCUUUCUUUAUCUUUAUCCGAUGGUACCCCAACCUAUUCAGAAGAAAGAUCCAAAAUGUAUGAUGGAAAUUCAUUACCUUUUGGAAGAGAUGAAACCCUCUCUCUUUUUCAUGCCUUGGGAAAAUUUCUCCACAAUAAAAGAGCACCACAAAAUUCUGUUGUAUCAGACAAAGACACCUUCUGUUUAAAAGAGCAGUUUAUAAGGUUGCCAUUAAAUAUGGAUGCUCCAGAAAAGGUUCUUUGUCAAGCACAUGGACAAGCGAAGACUGUUACUGAUUUUCUGCAUGAAAAUGUCCUUGACUUCAUCAAUGAGGAAGCGAUAAAUGAUGCAUGGACUGUCUCCUCCUACUUGAGUGAUGCUGAUACUCUUCUUGCUUCACUGAAUGGACUGCUUCUACGAAAUUAUGAGGCUAGUAACAUUGUACAGUCUGCUGCUGCUUCAGUUGCUGCUCGAGGUGUGCUAUUUGGGAACACUCAUCCUUUAUCGUCAAGGUGGCACGCUGUUCGCCGACCAAAGAUGUGGCAGGUUGAGAAAUCAAUGUGGCAUAAGAAGCGUGAGAUGGUUAGCCAGAGAUCCGUCCCUUGUAAUGGCAUGAACUUAACUGAUUUUUCAGUAAUAACCACGGAAUGGAGACCUUCCCUGAAAUGGCUUGGAUUUGAAGAAUCUCAUUCAGAAGAUGUCCACAGAGUGACAAAAGAUGGAAGCAUGGUGCAGGAUGACGGAUAUGAUGAUCCCAUGUGUAUUGAUGAGCAAACCACUCAGACAACUGAUGAUGAGAUUGAGGACUGGUAAAACUUACAUAACUCAGAAUGACAAACUUUACCUAGUCAAUGGUAGGGUUCUUAUUUGUAAAUUGUGUAAAUCCUGUGUAUAUAUAUGUUAAAUUGAGUAUUAUUUUUUUUGUCGGAAA